AUGUUUAAUGGUUAUCAGUAUGAUAAAUAAUUGGCAUUUACAAAAGAAAUAGAUAAAAUCAAAACAGAUUACUUGAAAUAAAGGGAAAAUCGCAAAGGUAAUUCCAAUGUUUAAUUAGAACUAAACCAAAGAUUAUCGAAAAAUUAUAAGAAAAGAAUAGAAAAUUUUGUGAUAAAUAUGUUAGAAAAGCCAGUUGUAUGCAAUGAGUAUAAGCCACCUGAGGCAUACUAAUUUAGAGAUGAAGAUCCAACAAGAAAUCUUGGAGAUCCACAAAUCUAUGUUAAAGGAUUUAAGCAUGAAAAAGAUAGAAUUCAAGAAGCCCAAGAGAAAAAUAAUAAUUUGGAUUUCUUACCAAAUUUAAAAGCAGGGAAAUAUUGUUUCAGAGAAAGAGACCCCUCAAAGGACAUAAAAAGAGAUGUUUUUAGAUAUAGAGAUAAAACUGCUUUAGCAAGAAUUGAGUAAUUUUUGAAAGAUCACACUCAAUCUCAGGUGGAGAACAUGAAACUUGAUCAUAAAAAGAUUCUAAAUUUAGAACAUUUUUCAGAAGGAAUGUCUUCUCUAGAAAGAAAGGCAUAUUUAUCAAGAUUGAUAGCAAAGAAUUUACUACCGUCAUUGCAUAAUAAAACCCAUUUUUAGGCAGCACAAACUAUGUACAAUAAUUUACCAUUAACUUUAAUGGAACAUGCACGUUCACUUCCUUAGGUUCAUACACAAGAAGAUAGUAGAAGAAAACCUCCGACAUCUCAAGACAGAUAAAAGACAAUAUCAUAUGAAAACUAAAUUAAAUAAGAAGAUAAUGGAACUUAACCUAAACAAGGCAAUGAAACAGAGACAUUCAAUCCCGUUGAAACUUCAAAAUAAAUCUUAAAGAAAUGCAAUGUAAUUAAAGAAAGAAAUAUUAAAGCUCCUGUUGUUCAUUCAGGUUCUGGUCAUUUAAUUUCUACUCUUGAUAAAUCAAUUUCAGAAAUUUACAAAGAACUCUAUAAAGUCGAAAUUGGAUAAUCAAAAUUGCGAUGA